AGGGACGCGCUGCCCCAGGACCCCGCACCAAUCGCCUGGCCUGUCCCUGGCUUAGGCCAACGAUGCCUGCAAGUGCAACGGCUGGAAGAACCCCAACCCGCCCACUGCCCCCCGCAUGGACCUGCAGCAGCCCGUGACCAACCUGAGCGAGCUGUGCCGGAGCUGCGGACAUGCUCUGGCUGACCACGUGUCCCACCUGGAGAACGUCUCGGAAGAGGAGAUCAACCGGCUGCUGGGGAUGGUGGUGGACGUGGAAAAUCUCUUUAUGUCGGUCCACAAAGAGGAGGACACGGACACCAAGCAAGUGUACUUCUACCUGUUCAAGCUGCUGAGGAAAUGCAUCCUGCAGAUGAGCCGUCCUGUUGUAGAAGGGUCCCUUGGCAGCCCCCCCUUCGAGAAGCCGAACAUCGAGCAGGGAGUCUUCAACUUCGUCCAGUACAAAUUCAGCCACCUGCCCCCCAAGGAGCGGCAGACCAUGUACGAGCUCUCCAAGAUGUUCCUGCUCUGCCUCAACUACUGGAAGCUGGAGACGCCCUCCCAGUUCCGGCAGCGCUCGCAGAACGACGACGUGGCCACCUACAAAGUCAACUACACCCGCUGGCUGUGUUACUGCCACGUGCCCCAGAGCUGCGACAGCCUCCCCCGCUACGAGACCACCCACGUCUUCGGGCGCAGCCUGCUCAAGUCCAUUUUCACCGUCACCCGCCGGCAGCUGCUGGAGAAGUUCCGGGUGGAGAAGGACAAGCUGGUGCCGGAGAAGCGGACGCUCAUCCUCACCCAUUUCCCCAAGUUUCUGUCGAUGCUGGAAGAGGAGAUCUACGGGGAGAACUCGCCCAUCUGGGAAUCUGACUUCACCAUGCCGGCCACGGAGGGCGCCCCACUGGUCCCACGCCCAGCAGCCGUCAGCACCGUGGCCGUGCCCAGCACCCCGAUGUUCAGCAAGAAACUCUGCAGCAGCUCCUUGUCCUCCAUGAGCCUGGACGCCAGCACGGCCGAGCCCGUGCCAGGCGAGAAGCGGAAGCUGCCCGAGAGCCUGACGCUGGAGGAUGCCAAGCGGAUCCGGGUCAUGGGCGACAUCCCCAUGGAGCUGGUCAACGAGGUGAUGCUGACCAUCACGGACCCGGCCGCCAUGCUGGGCCCGGAGACCAGCCUGCUGUCGGCCAACGCGGCGCGGGACGAGACGGCGCGGCUGGAGGAGAGACGCGGUAUCAUCGAGUUCCACGUCAUAGGCAACGCGCUCUCGCAGAAAUCCAACAAGCGGAUCCUGAUGUGGCUGGUGGGGCUGCAGAACGUCUUCUCCCACCAGCUGCCCCGCAUGCCCAAGGAGUACAUCACCCGCCUCGUCUUCGACCCCAAACACAAGACCCUGGCUCUGAUCAAGGACGGCCGGGUGAUCGGGGGCAUCUGCUUCCGGAUGUUCCCCACCCAGGGCUUCACGGAGAUCGUCUUCUGCGCCGUAACCUCCAACGAGCAAGUGAAGGGGUACGGGACGCACCUGAUGAACCACCUGAAGGAGUAUCACAUCAAGCACAACAUCCUCUACUUCCUGACCUACGCCGACGAGUACGCCAUCGGCUACUUCAAGAAGCAGGGCUUCUCCAAGGACAUCAAAGUGCCCAAGGGCCGCUACCUGGGCUACAUCAAGGACUACGAGGGGGCGACGCUGAUGGAGUGCGAGCUCAACCCCCGCAUCCCCUACACCGAGCUCUCGCACAUCAUCAAGAAGCAGAAGGAGAUCAUCAAGAAGCUGAUCGAGAGGAAGCAGGCUCAGAUCCGCAAGGUCUACCCGGGCCUGACCUGCUUCAAGGAGGGCGUGCGGCAGAUCCCCGUCGAGAGCAUCCCUGGGAUCAGAGACACGGGAUGGCGGCCGCUGGGGAAGGAGAAAGGGAAGGAGCCCAAGGACCCAGACCAGCUGUACAACACCUUGAAAAACCUCCUGGCCCAAAUCAAGACACACCCCAGCGCCUGGCCCUUCAUGGAGCCCGUGAAGAAGUCGGAGGCCCCCGAUUACUAUGAGAUCAUUCGCUUCCCCAUUGACCUGAAGACCAUGACCGAGCGCCUGAAGAAUCGCUACUACGUCACCAAGAAGCUCUUCAUCGCCGACCUGCAGCGCAUCAUCACCAACUGCCGGGAAUACAACCCCCCCGACAGCGACUACUGCAAGUGCGCCAACACCCUCGAGAAGUUCUUCUACUUUAAGCUCAAAGAGGCUGGGCUCAUAGACAAGUAGGGUCUCGGGGGGGGGCCUGGCGCUCCAGCGUCAUCUCCUGGCCUCACUCUCCCCUUGUAUCCGGAGCCCCCGGCCGAGGCAUCGCUUCCUGCCUCACUCUCCCAGGAGGGGGCUCUUGGGCUUCUCUGAGCCCGGCUCAGCUGCUGACAGGUGGGGCAGGGCAAGGGGCACGGGUAGCUGCUGAACGACCAGUGUGUGGGGCCAGCUCCCCUCCCGCUGCUAGGGGAGACCCCUGGGACACGCUGGCUCACCCCUGGCCUCUGCCCUUGGUGCCAGGGCUGCGUUAGCCACCAGGGCCCCUCUGCCCCAGUCCAGCUGGCACUCAACCUGGGGUGUCUCCGCCCAAACUCAGAGCCUCGCCCUGGAGGUGGGAGCCCGGGCAGCCUGGCCACAGGGCGCUCUUGGCUCUGCAGUGCGUUCAGCCGGGGCAUGGACCCGCUGGGCUUGAAAUUCCAGCUGGGCAGCACAGGCUCCGCCCCGGACGAGCCGCACCAUGUCUCUCCGGCCCGGGGGUGUACGCGGGUGUUGGCCAAGGCUGCCCCAUGCCCCAGGGCUCUGCACACGUACGUCUCUGCUUUACGGGGCCGAGGCCCAGCCCCUGCUCCCCCCAGAGCCCAGCUGCCUGCUCCAGCCCCACUGCUCCUGCCGCAGCCGCCUGUGUUCCCUUCACUCCUGUUCCUGCCCACAGGGAGCAUCCGUCCCUGCCACUCACCGCAUGAAUGUAAAACGGGGGUCGGCGUUCUCCUCCCCUGCCGGCCGGGGGGCUGCGGGGACGGGAGCUGCCCCCC